AUGCACUGUCCUCGUUGCAAGGAAAUUGCACUUGAUGAAUUCAUCCGGAACGGUUAUCAACGAUGGACAGAAUCGGAAGAAGCGGACCUAUCUUUGGAUGUCCCUUGGUACCCAUCGCUGAGGGUGCUGACUUUUGAGUGUGAACUCUGCAGACUGGUUCGUCAAAGCUUAGAGGCUUCUCUGGUCUUUGAAGCGGCACGGCAAGAAGCAAAUGGCGAUAUUUCAGUAGGAAGAGUGGAGGAGGAUCUACUGCAAAAUAUAAACGGAUACCUGGACUUUCCUAUGGCCAUGUCCUUGCAAAUAUCUUCAUCCACUCUGGAUAAAGCGAGGAAGCGUGCCAAUUUCAUACUCACGGUGAGUGUCUCAUCAGGAAUAUCAUGGGGCUUGACUCUCAAUGCAGACUUUCGAAUAGCAACUGGUUAUGACAACCCGUGGACACAAAAAAUCCUAGGCCGAACUGUCGCCAAAGUUCCUGACGGCAAAGAAGCGUUUUCUGUGGUUGAUAACUGGAUAAGAUCGUGUCUAGAUGGCCAUGAAUAUUGCUCAGAACCAGCUAAACUACCGCUGCUACCAACUCGUGUGAUUGAUGUUAGCCCGUCCGAGUCGAAUUCAGGCAUGGUCUGUCUACGAGACGAGGAAAGCAAAACCGAGCCUGCCGCACCUUAUAUAGCAUUGAGUCACUGCUGGGGCAAAGGCAUACCGUUCAUAACAACAACCACGAAUCUCAAAGAUCGUAAGGCUGGGAUUAAUUUUGGUGAAAUGCCCCAGGCCUUGCAAGACGCAAUACACAUCACCCGUCGUCUGGGUGUGCAAUACAUUUGGAUAGAUACGUUGUGCAUCGUACAGGAUGAUAUAAAGGACUGGCAAAUCGAGGCUGGAAGGAUGGUAAAUGUCUAUCAAGACGCAUUUCUUGUCAUUGGAGCAUCGAAUUCCAGUUCAGACGAUCAUGGGUUCCUUGGUUGUCGAAGAAGUCGAGAUUCAAUUCGUUUGGCUGAUCUGGAUUUACAACUCCUUCCCCCGGAUGGAGAAAGAUGGACGUCUGGGGGAGACCCCGUGUCUCACGAGCCACUACAGAGCAGAGCUUGGUGUCUACAAGAACGAUACCUGGCCCGACGGAUGCUGCUAUACGGUGCAGAUCAGCUCUUCUGGGAAUGUCGGACAGUCAGCCAGGCCGAAGACGGUGACGCCGUGGCCCAUAACCCUCACCAUCUUGACCGUCUUUGCGAAACAGCAGCAAUUGAGCGAAGCAUAUUCGGACCGCGACCACUUGGUGAUGCAAAGGUGAAUUACCGUGGUUGGUACGAAAUGGUGGAGGAGUACAUGCGUCGCAAUAUCACUGUUCAGUCCGAUCGACUUCCCGCAUUAUCUGGUCUGGCCAAUGCAAUGGCUCAGAUAUCCAAGGAUACAUACAUGGCUGGCUUAUGGAAGAAAGGACUAGUCGAAGGACUACUGUGGUCUGGGACAAGCCAUGAAAAGCCACUCCAGAGAGCAAGUCCAACUCAUGCCCCAUCGUGGUCAUGGGCUUCAGUCGAAGGGCCAGUCCAGUUCAUCGUGUAUAGCUUUUUCGAGCGGUGUCGAUGGAAGCGUGGUAUUGCUGAUUAUGAGUCACUCGCGACAUUUGUCGCUUGUCAUCUGGAGACAGAUGGGCCAGAUCCAUAUGGAAAGGUUGUCGAGGGAGGACGUCUUCGUCUCCGUGCACCGCUGCUGCCCGUCAAGAACAUCUAUCCUGCAGACAAGAACCUGCCAUCGUCUGAUGUAUUGAUGACACCCCUCAAGAACCCGGUUCUUGAUUAUGUGGUCGAGGUAGCAAUCGAGAAUAAAUGCAUUUAUCUGCAGGCAGGAUUUGAUCAGAUACCUACAUUAACACAACUGCAGCCACUAUCGGUCGUUUUUCUCGCUCGUCUACCAGAUGGGAACAGCGGAUUCUCUCCUUUUAUAGAACAUCGAUUCGGUCUGUUGGUUACACCCACCGAUACGGACAACGUCUACCAGCGAGUGGGUAUAAUCGACUCUCCAGUGCUGAUACAGGAUACCGGAGGGAUAUGGAGGUUUGUUAUUCGCAUUCUGGAGAGACUGAUCCGUCUCUUGGAAAGGUUCUCGACCCCUAAGGCGAGAUCUCCCAUAUCCUUCCUCACACCACAGCUGUUUGUGCCGGACAGAGGUUUAAAGGAGGAACCAGAGGAAGAAAUGCCUGAUGAUCCACUGCCCGAGAUUAAACAAUAUUUGGCUACUGUGACUCUUGAAUAA